AUGACGAUCGCAACAUGCACUUCAGCUGGUGUUGAUGCCAAGACCCCGACGACUCCCUCGCUCACUGGACUCAAACUUGACGAUCCGCCCAAAGUCGACAGCGAUUGCCUCCCCGAAGUCGAUUCGCGAGAGGGGUCGUACCCCGAGACAGCAUAUUCCUCGCUUCCCGAGGUCGUCGAGUUUCCACACGAACCAGAGAGCAGUACCCUCGCAGCAGAGAAGCCCUUGGACGGGUCCGAAACAGUACCGUUCGAAGCUUCAUCCAUUGGAGACAGGGGUAAAUCUUGGUGGCAGCGGUGCAAGACACCGCUGCUGCUCAUCGUCCUCGUCUGUGCUGGCGUAGCCAUUGGAUGCGGCAUAGGCGUCGGUCUUGCAGCCGGCAACGGCCCAUCUGCCAGCGAUGGCAGCGAUAUCUCCUCAAACCCCUCAUCGCCCGCCCAGACGGCGCCCUCUCCAUCCCUCGCCGCCGCAUCGUCCUCCUCCACAGCCCAGCAACCCUCGCCCACGUCAAGCGUCUACCUCGCAUCUCUGCUCCGCGGCCCAACCCUCCUCAGCAGCGCCGGCCUGCUCCAAGACGACAACAGCACGGCCUGCCGCUCGGCCGUCCCGUACGCGGCCCCGGGCCGCGCCCCCUGCGACCAGCCCUUCGAGCUGAGCGACGGCCUGACCUACCGCUGGCGCGGCUGCGGCCAGCUGCCGACCUACGUGACCUGGGCCGUCGGCGCCGACGGCGACGAGACGCGCCUCGGCGUCUGCGACGAUGUCCCGCCCGCGGCGCGCUGGGACUGCGGCGGCGGGCAGACGCUGGCGGCCGAGUGGCUUUGCGGGCCGGCGGCGGUCUGA